GCUGGAGGGGGUCGGGGCUAGGUCCCUUCCCUGUUCCUGGCGAGCGGCGGGGGAGGAAGAGCCGGGCGGGGCUCGUGCUGUAUCCGCCCCAGGAGAGUUUUGGCUGAGCGCUGGGGCUUGAAUUCAGGAGAGGGCUCCAAGGUGGCUGAGAGGGGAAGGCUCGGCGCAAGGGAUUUCUGGAGGUUUCUCUUUUCUUUUUUGGAGGGGCGGAGACUUGGGAAUUGUAGAAGGCUAAAAGGUGACCUGCUGGAAGAUAGGGGUGCAGAAGAGUGGGCUCUCUUGGUGCUCCGUGGGGGGCAAUUUUUCCAUGAGGUGGAGGAAGAGGCUUCUCCUUGGAAAUUGCAGGUGGCCUAAGGACAUCAGGUGGACGGGCUGGGGGAGCUUGUGGGGGUAGUCUCGGGAGAAGCAUCUGUGGGAGGCUCUUCUCAGGGCUCUGUAGCAAAGUGCAGGUUUUUUUAAAAAAGAAAAAAGGGGGCUUAGUCCUGAAGGGAAACUAGCAGAGGUGCUCUUUAGAGAAGAUAGGGUCCCUGUGAAAGCUAAAGGAACUUUUUUUGGGGUUGGCUUUUGAAAGGUCAGUGGAAAUUCCCAGGGGAAGGGGGGGUUCCUAAAAGGCCCUGUAGGAAAUUUAGAGCCAUGGCCACCCGGCGUUUAACAGACACAUUCUUGUUGUUGCGGAACAACGCGAUCCAAAGCCGGCAGCUGCUGGCCGAGCAAGUGAGUAGUUACAGCUCCUCCAGCCCUCUGACUUCACGUAGCAUGGCUGCUGCGCUUGCAGAUGAUCGCAUGGCACUGGUAUCGGGGAUCAGUUUAGAUCCUGAAGCAGCUAUUUGUGUAACUAAGAGGCUACCUCCAAAGUGGAUUGAUGGAGUGGAAGAAAUUCGGUAUCAGAUCUCCAGAAUAAAACAGAAGAUGAAAGAAUUAGCUAGUCUUCAUGACAAGCAUUUAAACAGACCAACUCUGGAUGACAGCAGUGAAGAAGAGCAUGCAAUAGAAAUAACUACCCAAGAAAUUACACAGCUAUUCCACAGGUGUCAAAGAGCAGUCCAGGCGCUACACAGCAAGUCUCGAAGCUGUACGGACCAAGAGCGGCAACUUUUGAAGAACGUUGUAUCUUCUUUAGCCCAGUCCCUCCAAGACCUGUCUACCAGCUUUAGGCGAGGGCAGUCUGACUAUCUCAAACGUAUGAAGAAUCGAGAAGAAAGAUCCAAACAUUUCUUUGACACUUCAGUUCCCCUUAUGGAUGAUGGUGAGGACACUACACUGUACGAUCGGGGCUUUACAGAUGACCAGCUAGUAUUAGUGGAACAAAACACAGUGUUGGUGGAAGAGCGAGAGCGAGAAAUCCGACAAAUUGUACAGUCCAUUUCUGAUCUCAACGAAAUUUUUAGGGACUUAGGAGCAAUGUUAGUAGAACAGGGUACAGUUCUGGAUAGGAUCGACUAUAAUGUUGAACAAUCAUGCAUUAAAACUGAAGAGGGAUUGGAACAGCUACAUAAGGCUGAGCAAUACCAAAAGAAGAAUCGGAAGAUGCUUGUCAUUGUAAUUUUGUUUGUAAUAGUGAUUGUCCUUAUUAUUAUUCUCAUUGCUGUCAAAUCUCGCUAGGUAACACUCCUGUGAUGUUUUCCUUUCUGUGUGUAUGUAGGUUUUGGGAGGUGGGGUUGGAUUUGUGUGUGUGUUGUGAGGUUUUUUUCCCAUUUCCUUUUUUUGUGACUGGUAUGAAUGGUUGAGCCUGCACUCUUGAAAGCAGCCUUUUGAAUGAAUGUACAAGCCCUCGUGGCGCCACGUUUGUGCAAUGUUUAUAGAGAAACCCCUUUGUUUUACAUGCUCAGUGAAUAUGCGGGUAGCAGUUUGCAAAGAUGUGGGCAAAAGUAAUUUGGAAUCUUGAGAAAUGCUACCAAAUUAGACAUCUGGUCAUUUAACCAGGCAACUGGAAACUUAAAAUGCAUUUUUUAAAACAGUUAGGGACUGAAGUGUUUCAGAACAUACAAUAAUUUUGUUGUAUUGAGAACCCAAUAGUGUUAUCUGCAUCCUUUAUGCUACGGUUAAUCUUAGAUUUUGUGAGCUGCUUCGGUUUCUAUUUGGACGUGAUACCAAAAACAAUGAGUUGAAGGGAAAACUGCCUUAAAGAUAAAAACUAUUUGAUUUUCACUAGUUUUCCUCCAGAUUUAAUAUCUGUGUAGACUUAAUAGAAGCGAAACACUUUCUAAAACAGCAGAUAAUUCAUAUCCCGUGACUUCAUACCAUUAUUAUUAUUCCUCCCCCGAAUGGCAUUUAGCAAUGUAAAUAUGACACCCCAACCAUGGUGAGUUGUAUCAAAAUUUUAAAAUGACUUUCUAACUUUCAUGUAAACCAGAAUGUGUUUCUGCUUCCUCCACUCAAUCACGCCCAUGUCUAGCCCCAGAACUGAUUCUGCACUGUUUUUCUACUACAUAUAUUUUGGAACAUUUGAAUGUUGAGCCCACAUUUGCAAAGGAAUUCUUUGUUCUUCCUCCUCCGCCCCCAGAUCUUGAUCCAUUAUCAUACAAGAAUCAAUUGUGGCGUAUUUAAUCCUCUGCUUUCAGAUACUGAACUGGAAAAGGCAUGGUAGCUUAAAUCAGAUGAAAUAAGCCAACUAUUAUGUGCAUCAGAAUCAUGAAUCUAAAUAGCAGAACUUUUGUCCUCUGGCUGCAGAGGAAAGCUCCAGAGAAACUUAGGGCACUGCUCAGCUGUGACUUGUAAGUGCUGUACCACUGGUUACCAUACAUCAGGAUUCCUUGGCUCCUCUAAUGCCGAGGGAUCAUUUUUAGCAGUAAAAUAGUAGCAGUUUAACUGGAUCCUAAAAGUGCUGUGCAAUUUUAGGGGCCUUGGUUCAGUUUUUUUAAAAUAACAGCAUUUGUUUUUUUAAUAUAAUAGCAUUUGUUUUUUUAAUAAUUUAUUCAAAGCUCGUGGUGUUGCAUCUUUCUGUUGUGACUUUGUCAACACUGCCUCCCAGUGUUUUGCAGUCACAUUGUGCCCUCAGAGUUGGUAAAGUAAUUAUUAUAAUGCCAUCAAUUCAACCUAGCUCUCCUCUAGUUCUUUGCAACAUUCAGAUUUUAUUUUUAUUUUUUUUGUAGAAUGAUGAAGACAAUACAGAGACUCUUUCCUUGAUCCGUUCCAGGAUUAAGCUUACCAGUUAGACACAGAGUCCCACUAGGAAUGUCUCCUACAGAAACUUCUCUGAAAUGGAGAGAAGUGCUCAAGCUGCCUUGUACUGUGUCCAUCAUAUCAGUGGGACUUGUGCAGGAGAUCUUCCUGAUGGAUUGUGUUGAAGUUAGCACUUUCAGAUCUCUCAUUUUUACAGAUCCUCAUAGAUGGCUAUAUAGUGAGCCUAGCUGAUACAGCUACAUCUUCAUGAUGGGGCAGUGCAACCAAAGAACAUGGCACUGCUGAAUGGUGGACACUCUUGUCCUGUACUUGCUGCCUUUCAUUCAAUAUAUGGCAUGUCCCCAAAAAACACUGGGAACUAGAAUUGCAUUGAUGGUACGCCUGGUAGGAAUGUGUUCUUGCUUUCAUAUUUAGGUGUUGCCACAGGUGUACUAGACCUACUGAAUCUGUUCUGCCAGAAAGAGCUAAGGCUCAAGUGCUGCAUUGUUUUUGCUAGCAAUGUGUGUCUGAUGUACUGGUAGCAUUGCUAAACAGCCAUAAUUGCAAUAUUUGUGGGCUGCUUAGCUCAAACCUCCAUAGCCUGCUGCCCUCCAGAUGUUUGAGACUUGAACUCUCAUCAUCUUCAGCAGGCGUGGCUGAUGAUCAGGAAUGAUGGGAGUUGUAGAGUUGAACAGAAUGAUGGGCAAAAGCACAGGAGGUUAAAAGUGAAGUGGAUUCUGUGCCUCUCAUUCACAAAAUAAGCCUGUAGACAGAUAUUUUCUGGUGCAAAAGGGUACAGUGCAAAUUUAGUCUUGCCUCUUACACCUUUUCUGUCACCUUAUUUGUUUUGUGAUAUAUCCGAGCUCCUUCCCAAACCCUCCAGCUUGCCAUCUGCUCUCUCUAAGAGGACUGUUUUCCACUUUUGACCUCCUCUUACAGCAGGGAUGGCCCUCCAGAAGUGUUUGGACUUAUAAGCCCCAGCCAAUAUGGCCAAUGAUUAGGAAUAAUGUGUGUUGUAGCCCAAACACACUGGAGGGCACCAGGUUGGAAAUGCCUGGCUUAAACUGAAGGUGAAUUGAAGGGGAAGUUUGAUUAAAUAGCAGUUUUACUUCAUCCAUUUUUGCUUCGCUGGGCUGUGCCACUUCCAACAAUGAGAGAUAGGGGUAGCUCACAGGACUGAGUGCUUUCCCUUAUAAAACCAAAAUUCCAUACAAAUAGAAAGCUAGAUAAUAGGGAGGGAGAAGGAAAGGCUAAAACCUUUGAUGUCUAGUUUUUUCUGGGGGGGAUUUUUGUUUGGGGCAGAAGAGCAUCCAUCCAUAGGAGCCCCAGAUGAAUUGGUAUGGCCCAGGUUCUGCAGCCUUCAGAUUAGAGCUAAAUCAUGACCAAUCCAACACUUUGCAAGAGAAAGAAAAUACCUUUUUUUUCCAUCCUUGUUUAUUUUUCUUGUGCUAAAAUUUUGCAUGAUUAUGUUAAAAUUGUUUAUAAACAAUUGCUAAGUUCAAGGGAAAGGAGUAAUAAAGUACAUGCACUAGUGUCUUCUUGUGUGAAAACUCCACAUAAUGUGAACUGUUAGGCCGUCACUGAUAAGACUAUUAUUUUUAUAGCACAAUCCAUGUACGUUAGGGGUGCAGGACCUUUUUCAGCCCUGGCAACCUUCUGAGGGCCAUAUACCAGUGGUGGCUGGAGUCAAGGGGCAAAAGUGGGCAGAGCAACACAGGUAAAUUUUACUUUUGCGCAGUAGGCUGUUUUCUCCUCCAUCUAGGCAAGCAAGAGGCAUUAUCAGAGUUCAGGUGCCUAUCCUAGCCCAGCAAAAACACUUGGGGUUCAAAGCACGGUCAGUGAGUGGUAUGGCCUGGGGAGAUUUCUGAGGGCCACAUAAAGAGGCCUAGAAGGCUGCAUUUGGCCCCCAAGCCUGAAAUGCCCAACCACUGAUGUACCUGGCGAUUAACAGCAUCAACAAACUGCUUUCUGCUUCAAGAAUCGUACAGUCUAAACUUUGACAGUGGGGACACGUGAGGACUAAUACAAUGAGCCAAUACAGCUGCAUGUGGUCAUACUCGCUGUGGCGGAUGAUGGCUUGAGGUGUGGCGGAUGUACUUAACAAGAGCUUGCUAUUUCCAAGCUCUGAAAGGCAGCCAGAAAUUGCUGAAAUGUUCCUUAGACCCAAACACUGAUAUUUCUGAUGGGACAGAAAGAAGAAUGACAGAGACUAACAGUUUACUGGUGCACUCUCUAACAGCAUUGUUACAGAGUCACAUAUGAAACACUGCUGCAACAAUGGCUGUUAUGUGUAGUCAUACUAAGGUUUUUUUUUAAUCCAUCUGUUUGGUUUAACAGUUAAGAGCCUUCUACUUAUAAAUGCAGAUUUUAAAAAUGGGCAGCAAUCUUAUUUUUUGGAUAAAAGUCUAAAUCUAUUUAACUAUCAUUCUUGCAGAGCCCUUUGAAGAACGAUGCAAACCAAUGGGUUGUAGCCAGUGUUGCUCCUACUCAGAGCAGACAUAUUGAAAUUUAUGUGCAUGAAUUAGGUUUGUUCAUUUCAAAAGGUCUUCUCUGAAUAAAACUUAGGGUAGAGACACUUAAUGUUCUGCUGGUUCCAGUCGUUUCUACCUCUCUCUCCUGAAAAUGGUGGCUCACAGCACUAGUCAAACCCCACCCCUUUUUACUGUAAAACCUGGUGUGAUCAGUUUGAGUGUGUGUUUUUAAAUUUGCUUUAAAGAGAUUUCACAACUGAUCAGCAGAUCAACCCAUUCCCCCUCCAGGUGUGACCAAUGGAAAUGCUUUGCUGUAGGCGAGUAGUGUGGUAACAGCCUUAGUUGGGUACAACCCAAUGCUUUAGUAUACCUAGGACUGUGCAAAUGCUUUCUGAGUUUUAUCAUUUCAUGGUUAUAAUUUGAAAUCUAGCUUCUGGACACUUUUGCUUUUUUAAAAAACUAUCUGCAUACUGUUCCUGGCCAAAAAUGUGAAAAAGUUUGAAACGUGCCAUCUCUGGUGCAGAAUAAAUCACACGAAGCAAAUGUAUGCAAAUCUGGCUUAGCUUCAGUUUCGCAGACUGACAGACUUUAUUUUUAAAAAUUACAGGCUAUAGAGGCCUGGAAAUGGAAGGGGUGAAGAAGCAAUCUUAUGGGGAAAGAGUUAGGCAGAUAGUAAUAUUUAAAACUGUUCUUCAAGAUGGUUAUGGAUAGAGCAAGACAGGAGGGAGAGGGCAUCCUAGUGCUAAGGAAAAUUAAUGCAAACAUUCAUCUGGAUGCAAAAUUCAAAUGUGUGUGGACCUUACUUGUUUUCACACUAGAAUAAAAUCUGUCUUCAGACAAUUUGGUAACAGAGCUUUUCAAGGCUGUUGGGAAAUGCUUCUGAGGUUUCAUUUGUAUACUGUACCCAACCCAUUUGUAAAUGUUUAGCGCAGUAUGUUUUCUGAAGGGUAACAAUUGCUCUGAGAACUAUUAACUUGAUUAGAACAAUUUCUGAGGAGGACUCAAAUGUAUGAUAUAUACAUUCCAAAGGGGUUUGCAAGCCUGAGAUCCCUUCUGUUCAUCUAUCAUAGUUUCUGUGUCAGAUGACUGUCGUCUGGGAGGAUUAAAGUUUUUUGUUUAAAAUAUAUUUAAAUUCAUCAACUUCAUUUAAGAGGUUUCCUACUGUUUUAAACAUUUUUUCAUGCCAGCCAAAUUCUAGGUGUGGUACUGAAUAUGGAUGUGACAUUGGCCAAGCAUGUGAACUGAGUGCUUUCAUUGGGUGGGUGAAAAAGACCAGUUAGAUGACAGUGAUGUCAAAGAUUCACAAAUGAAUUGGCAGAGAUUUGAUAGUGAUUGUCAUACCUGCUGGGCCUUUGUAUAGUUAGGGGAACAUCAUUAACUUUUGUGGGAUGCUUUUUCUAAACUUCAACAAUGUUGAAUGUAUUUCCUUUGUGGCUGUACUUCUAUAGCAAUAGUGUACUUUGUGGAAGACUACUCAGUUUUAACUUUUAAAUAGAUUGGGUAACUAUUACUUAUUCCCUUAUCACAAAUGGAAAGCCAAGGCUGUGAAGGGUUUGCCCUACUAGCUGGGGUGGGAGGUGGGGAGCAUUGAGUGGCAUGUACAUGUAUCCUUCACUGAACCAUUAAAAAAUGUAAAUGUUUUUAAAAGCAGUUACAAAACUGUUCUGGAGUUUGGGAGAAACACUAUGUCAGUGAUGUCAUGGACACUGGUCAGUAGAUACCCACCACAGCUGUUAUUUUCUGGCAUAACAAGUUUGUUUUCAUAAGUUGUUGCAGGGAGAAAAAUGUGGUUUUAGGCCAAUGAAAGUGAGUUCAAGCCACCUCUGCCAUGCUUAAAGUGUUACAUCUGUUUCCAGCUUAAGUUAAAAAGAGGCAGGCAGAACAGCUGACAUAACUUUUCAGGAAGAUCAAAUGUGACCCCCCUCCCCAUUUACAGAAGUUUCUCAGGGCAAGGUUUGAAAACCUCUGUUUUAGUCUCAACUAGGUGACAUUUAAGGUGUUCUCCUCAAUCUUUUUUUUAAAAAACUAUACAUCUUAAAAAUGUUUAGUUUUGUGUCCUACUCACAAAGAUGUGCCUCUGUGAGGAACAGAACUGCCAUAUACUUUAUUUAACAAUGAAAUAAUAGAACAUUAGUCACAUAACACUAUAGAAGACAAGUAUAUGUGAAGUGUCUAUGACUCUUAGUUUCCUAUUAACCAUGGACAGAAUAAAAACUUGGCAUGAGGGAGGCUUCAUAUAGGUAGCCCAUUUCAUUUUAAAGGUUCCUUAAUUUUGUUUUCCUAAUAUUAAGGAAAAGCUCCAUGACUUGGGGCAUAUUUGGGGCAUUUCUUCUCUGUUUCAGGCAUAUUUUCUUUAGCGGUUCAGUUGUGACCUCUCUCCUUUUCAUCCGAAUCCCAGGGUUCUGAUGGACACUUGAGGUUCCUGAUAGACAUAAACUUUCCUUCAAUGUUAGGGAAGUUAUAUACAAACCUUGUGCGUGGAACAUUCCUCAACACAAGGUCCAGUACUUUAUAAAACACUUUCCCUGAUAGUUUAUGGUGAUGAGGCAAAUCUUGCCACUACAAUUAUAUAAAAUGCUGUAUAUAAGAAUACUGUCAGGUUUUGCAUUUCAACUUUUGCAUGUAAAAUGAAUGUCCAAUUCUGUGGCUCGCCCUACACAAAAUGAGGAGGCAAUCUUAAGAAGACUUGCUCUUUGCUGCUCCACUAUAUAUGGACUCUAACAAAAGCCAUUGUUGGUUGUUGUCCGGGCUAUAUAAUUGUCACCUGAAUCUAUGACACGUGUAACAAAAGGGAUCUCAUGUUUUACCCAACUGUGUACAGUAUAUUUUCUUCCACUGCUGUGAACAAUUUGUAAUGUAUGAAUAAACCAUUACAUCUCCA